AUGUCAUUUCGUAAUCGAGAAAAAUUAAGACACACUUCUGGAAUGAUGAAGGAUGAUUUCGAUCUAAAUGAUAUAAAUGACCCUGAUGAGUUGGGCCUGGAACAGAAGAUGGAUAGCCUAUUAACCUAUUCAAGGUAUAACUUUAAACGUGAGAUUUCUUACAAAAAAAAACAUAUUCUAAAUCUUAUCACUGAAUAGCAAUCCUCAUCCACCAAGCCCACUCAACCCUCACAACAACAGUCUCUAAUUUCAAAUAAUAUCUCUUCAUUACAAGAUGCCAUACCCCAAAUACUCUUCGAUAAAGGAGAUCCAAUCAAUGAGCCUCAAUACACAGAAUCUAAGCUCUCCAAACUGAAUAAAGAAGCACUUUCCCCCUCUGUCCCUCACAGAUUCACCUCGAAAAAGAGAUCUUAGUUUUCAUACUACUCCAAUGACUCUUAUAAUUCUAACUUGGAGUUACAUCUAUACCAAAGAUAAGAUUCCAACCACCACCUCUCAGAAACCCGGAAAGAAAGAUCGAAAUUAGUGAGCAACACCAUGAAUCAAUAUAAUCAGCAAUAUUUACUGAGACAAUCCAGAAACAAAAUCAAUAACAAAUCUAAAAGAAACAAUCCCCAAUCCUCCUUAUUACAAUUAGAAUUAUCAGACAAAUCAAGGUCCCAAAGUUCGAUAACUACUCCCAAAAGCAUUUUGAAAAACCCCUCCUCUCUCAACUCGAGUAGACAGAGCAUUUGCAGUUUGCAACUUGGUAGUUAGUUAAACACUCAAUCACCCUCUAGAAGACACAAAGUCAAGUUCUGUCUGACCAAACAACAAGCAAGAAGAGAAAAUAUUCCAUGUUGA